AUGCUGGGGAUAUUUCCAAUUCUAGCCAUCCUCACAGGCCACGUCAGCAGCAUUGUGGUGACCGUGCCCGAGAAGACAGUGAACGUCACGACAGGUGGCAAUGCAACCCUCCUCUGCACAUACACCACUUCUGGACCACUUGGAAAUUUCUUUAUUCAGUGGAGCUUUUACAGUGCCAAAGAGAUGCAACUGCAUACCAUCUAUUAUUAUUUAGGAGGCCAGUCUUACACCUACGGAGCGUUUAAGAACAGGAUAACAGCUGCAACAGGUCCAGGGAAUGCAUCGAUAACAAUCUCCAACAUGCAGCCCUCAGACACCGGUUCCUACACCUGCGAAGUUUUCAGCCCACAGGGUGACAGUGGCCAGAGUCAGAAAUCUGUGAUAGUCAGCGUGCUGGUCAAACCAUCGAAACCUUUCUGCAAAAUAGAAGGCACGCCCGAGAAAGGCCAUCUGAUCUACCUCCUCUGCAACUGUGAAGAGGGACUGCCUCGCCCUUCCUACCGCUGGUACAAAGCCCAGGAGAACAGCCUCAAGCCUGUGACUGAACCAUUCAAUCCAAGCACUGGCAUGCUUUACAUUGGCAACCUCACCAACUUUGAAACUGGGUAUUACCGGUGCGUAGCCAGCAACUUCCUGGGGAACAGCACCUGUGAGCUCGACCUGACUGCAAAGCAUUCAGACAGUGGGAUUAUUGCUGGAGCAUUAAUUGGAGCAGUCCUGGUAGCUGCUAUCAUCUGUGUCAUCGUCUGGGUCUUGACCAAGAAGGCAAAGAAUAAGAAGUCAUCGAGUAAUGAGAUGCAAGAAAUGGCUCAGAAACAAUCCAAUGCAGAGUAUGUUCAGGUACCUAAUGAGGAAAACCUUCCUGCGACCACAGUUCCAUCCAGCAAUGCAACAAAUGAAUACCCCAGUGCUGAUGAAACAGCAGCUGCUGGAACACCUGAAAAUGAUGAGAAGCAAGAAGUACAAAAAGAAGAAAUAGCCUAA